GACAUAAUAUCAUUUUUCUGAAUGUGUUUUGAAUUGUGUUUUGACUUUUGUUUUGAAUUCUGUGCAAAAUCCAAACUUUUACUUAUUAACUAUAUUAAAAAUGAAUGAAACAAAUAUGUGGAAGUUUAUUGACGACAUUAGUUUUGAGGAAUACACGUUGAUUGUUCCGAGCGUGGCCGUAGGUAAUGUUGGGCAGCUCUCUUGCGACUUGUUAAUUUCAUCAUUGAAAAUGGUAAAAAUUGCAUCAAUAUACAGCCCUGCCGUGAUUCCGGUGAUUGGUUACGAUCCCUACGACCUCGAGUCCAGCAGUCUUUCUACGGCUUGCGAAGUUUACAGGUCAGAUUCUCGAAAAAUAUUGGUUCUACAGUUAAGAGCACCAUUGGUCCAUAAAUAUGCAGAUAGUUUCCUGAAAAACGUUGUUAGCACAUUUAAAGAAAAGCAGAUUAAGGAUAUAUUAAUUUUGACCAGUAGUUUUGCUCACGAGAAGAAACAUAUUUUAAGCUCACCUUUUAGAUUUGUUGCAAGUGAAGGCAACCCUCAUGCUGAGAAUAUAAUAAAGGCAAACCUUGUAGAACACGAAGAAAACACUGGUGAAUUGAAGAUAUUUGGAGGAGGUUUUGCAAGUCUUCUUUAUAAAAUAUGUCUAGAUAAUGGGCUACCAUGCUUAAUAUUGUACAAAUAUUGUUCAGAAGGAGACAAUAUACCCAAUGCAUAUGACAUGGUUAAUAAUUUGACAAAACUAAUUCCUCUAUUCUCAGACAACAAGGACUUGUUUUCACAGUUGAAACAGCCUGUUUCAUGGACUUUGCUAUUUGGCCGACCACCACCUCAAGAUAUUUAUUAACAUGUUAUUGUAUUUUUUUUUAAUAUAUUAAAAAAAUACUUGUUGCCACUCUUACAUACUUACAGUAAUUUUUGAAAUAAGUGGUAACAGGUAAUCAAAAAUUACAGUAUAUUAAUUCCA